GGCAGCAUGUACCGAUUCCGCAUUCAGCAUAAGCGCGUGAAGACGUAUACUGAGUGAUCAAUUCGUCGAAAAUUUUACACAGCACACAAGUUAAAUAACAAAUAAAAUUCUGUUGUUUUUUUUUCUGACGAAGCAGCAUUUUUUGGUUAUUAUCGAAAAUACUCUUAGCUCCUCGAAUAGAAGACGAGAAGAAAAAAAGAAACCCAAUCGCAUUUGGAGAAGAAAACAAAUAUUCGAUCGUAACGUUCGGUUUUUGUCAUUUUUUUUUUUGGAGAAAAUGAGCGGUGGUGUUCAUUUAUCAUUGCAUACGAUGGGCGUGUGGCUGUUUAUCACAAUUGGCUUUAUAUCUGUGAACUGGAGCAAUGGAUUCCUGUUGAGCCGUGAAUUACCGUGCCAUUAUCUCGAUUCGGUCAAUAUCACCGAUGGUGUUAAACAAAAUGACGGAAGUAUCAUAUACAAUGACAUUCGAUUUGCAAACGAUCAAUAUACAAAAAUAAAUUACAUCCUGGAAAACGGAAUGGAACGUGUCACCGUUGAACCAUAUGUACGUGGUUGUCUGUGUAAUCAGAGACCAUGCAUUCGUUUGUGUUGUCCAAUUGGAUCAUUCUACGACGCAACCGUUACUGGCAAAAGAAAGUGUAGCCAAAAUGAGUCGGCCCAUCAAUUCGAAUCCGAUGUAUUCGAUCAUACACAGAAUAAAGUGCAAAAAGUUGUAUUGGAUCAGCAUUUUGAAUAUGUCGAUGAUAAACCAUGCAGCAAUUAUUAUCUAGCUGGUGAAUACAACUUGACAAAUACAGGACUCAUUAUGUAUGAGAAUAAAACCGUGUCACACAGUCAAUAUUGUUUGAUGGCCACACCGGACCAUGAGACCCACAAAGCCAAACUAAAUCUGGUGAUGUGCUUUAAAACGCCCGACCAACUUAAUACACGUUUAUUGAUCUUUUCGUAUGGUAUGCUUUUAUCAGUACCAUUUAUACUCGCCACGAUUUUGGUUUAUAUUUGCUUGCCGGAAUUACGAAAUUUGCACGGCAAAUGUUUGCUAUGUUACUUGAUUGGUCUCGUGUUCGGUUACACAGCAAUGGGCUUGGUGCAGCUCAAUGGCAUGGACUAUGUUGAGCCUAUGAUUUGCAAAUCAGUUGGAUAUCUCAUGUAUUUCUCACUUUUAUCGGCUUUCUUCUGGUUGAGCGUUAUUAGUUUUGAUCUAUGGUGGAAUUUCCGGACAACCAGUGGAUUCCUUACAUUCUCCGAGAGCAAGCGUUUCGUUUUGUACAUGAUCUAUGCAUGGGGUUUGGCAUCAUUGUUAACAAUUGUCGUUUUUAUACUCGAUUCAACGCCAUCACUUUCAGAAAAUCUACGACCAGGCAUGGGAGUUGGAACGUGCUUUUUGAAAAAGACGGUGUUGUCACAAUUCAUAUUCUUUUACAUGCCAAUCUGCAUUGUGUGCACCAUUAACAUUAUUUUCUUCCUAUUGACGGCAUUGAAAAUUCGCAAAGUGCAACAAGAUCUUAAGAAAGUCACAUCGCAAGAGGAGAGCUCACGACAUCAAAGCAAAUUCAAUCAUGACAAAGACAAUUUCACAUUAUACUUGCGACUUUUUAUCGUAAUGGGUGUAACAUGGAGUAUGGAGGGAUUAUCAUUUUUGAUCUCAAAAGAAAGCUACUUUUUCUUAUUAACCGACAUUUGCAACGCGAUACAAGGCGUUUUAAUAUUUGUACUGUUUGUUUUGAAACGUCGUGUAUUGCGUUUGAUUAAGAAAAGAUGGCAAUGUUGCUUUGGCAAAGCGACUACAAAUGGAAGUGUCGCAACGAAUAGCACCUCAGCUACUUAUGCACCGCCAAAUGUUGUAUUGAAUCAAAUAACGUCUCCGAAUGAAAAGACAAAAGGAUCUCACUAACACGAAAAGAUUCUUUUUUUUUUGCUGUUGUUGUUUUUUUUCCUAAACGAAUCGAUUUGAUUCCAGUAAAAUUCAAAGUUGAUACAUUAAAAGUGAUUUACAUAAAAAAAAAAUCAUGAAUUUGUGCUGUUGCAUUUGAUUGAUUUCGAUAUCAUUGGAUGUAAGAGAGAGAGAGAGAGAGAGAGAGAGAGAGAGA